UCACACCGUCCACGUCCUUACUACAUCAUGGUUGCCUGGACUAGCUCGGUGUUGUUGUCUGCUUUUGCGGUUAGCGCACUGAGUUUGCCUCAACCAGACGAAAGUGCCUACAACAUUCCUCAAGUGGGCACUGGAAGACGCUCCCAAUUCUACGUUCUACAUAAUGAUGGAACCUACAAGUACGGCUACGAUACUGGCGAGGGAGCUUUCGAGAGUGCUCGAUCACCCACAGUUGGUCAGGUAGAAGGUAACUUUGGCUACGGUGACCCUGAGGGCAAUAAUGUUCAACUCCAGUAUGAAGCUGGAGUGGGUGGCUUCCAGCCCAAGGGUGCCCAUAUACCUGCCCCACACCCUGACUUUGCCCUUGCCCAUGCACAGGCUCGUGCUCGCCCACCCUUCGUAGACCCCCUCGCCGAUCCAAACGCCGAUGCUUCAUAUGGAUUCAACUUUGCUGGUGAAGGACAGGCACGCAGUGAACAAAGUGAUUCGGAUGGUAACGUGCGUGGCUCUUACACUUAUACAGAUAACCAAGGUCACACACGAGCGUACGAAUACAGUGCCAGUCAAGGCACAGGAUUUGUUGUCGAGGGCGAUGAUCUCCCACAGUCACCUGCAGAUCCAGCUUCUACUCCAGCUGCAACACGACUCUCGUCUUCUGCACCUAAAUUCCCAUCUACACAAGGCACUGUUGAACCGGCAUCCUCUGUAACUUCACAGAUAUCUGAACCAUCACCUUCCUUUAGAACAUCUACAGCUUCGCGCCUUCCAUCACGUCCUUUCAGAGUCAUUGCAGGUUCUCCAUUGGAAUCUGUUUCUUCUCAGGUAUCUGACGCAUCAUACACAUUUUCAUAUAAUGCCGGUGACCACUCACGUUCUGAAUCUGCUGAUGCUGACCUCAACACAGAUGGACAUUUCUCUUUCGUGGCUGAUGACGGCAUUAGACGCAGUGUUGUUUAUGAAGCUGGAAGCGAUACUGGAUUCUUGGCUGCUGGAGAUCAUCUUCCUCAACCACCAAAGACACACAGUGAAUCUCAGACAACUUCACCUACCUCUACAGGAACACCAUCAUAUCGCAGUCCAACACCAUCUGGGACUCUCGAUUCUCCCUCCAUCACUUCUGGCUCCCAGUCACUUUCUUUGCCUUCACGACCCUCUUCCUCCACUCCCCAAGAGACUCUUUCAUUCGAACCUGCUAAUAUUCGCAGCCAGUUAUCCCCUGAUGGUAGUUACUCCUUCGCUUACGAGACCUCCAGCCAUUCACGAGCAGAAUCUGGUGACAGAGACAACAAUGUGGAGGGAAAGUUCGACUUCAUCGCUGAUGAUGGGCAACAAAGAUUUAUCCAGUACCGAGCAGGAUCUGCUACAGGAUUUAUUGCUGAAGGAGCUCACAUUCCUGUAGGACCUGAGGCCCAGAGAGAGCCCUUUGGUCAGCUUACUGAUAGAAUCUAUCCAGUUCAAGAGAUUCCAUUAGCUGGUCAAACUGGAUCCACCAUCACAUCUGCUUCGUCUAGUGAGGCUGCCUCAUCACAGUCUCCAUCGUAUGUGUCGCCGUCAGCAGCCAGCACAAGGGCAGCUGUCUCCCCUGGAGCUCAACUCCAUCAAUACAGUGCCUCAGAAAAGAAUAACAAAGCUGGUUAUGUUUUAACCUUUGAUAAUUAGAGGGACAUAUAGCUAUUUGUUCCUGCUUCACAUUUUUAAGUUUUAUUGGAAUAUUCGAAUAUGAAGCUGAAGAUUUUAUUUAUC